CCACUGCUUCUGGUAGUUGCAAUUGAGAGUUCGAACCGCGAGGUUAAUGCUGCCAACGCAAACACCACAUGAUGAUGCACUCCAGAAACAGAUCGUGGACUCUGACCCUGCUGGCGCUGGGCGCGGUCCUGGCCACUUCAGCCGAGGAUGUGGCGCGGUCCAACCGGAUUGCGGCACCGGGGGAGCCACUCUACUACCUGAUGGCGGAUGCGGGUCCUUUGGUGACCCCCAAUGAGGCGCUGAAGCGCACGAACCGCUCGCUGCUCAAGUGGUGGGAUGAUCUCUUCCCCCGCAACAACAACAACUGCUGCAACAACAACAAUAACAAUCUGCUGUAUCCGACAGCUCCACUGCUCCCCGCGCCCGCUGUGCCCAACAGCUGCAACGGCCUGCAGCUGCAGGAUCUGGAUCCUUUCAAGCAGAUGAAACUCUUCAAGAAACUUCCCGAACUAUUUCCCACAGCCAGUCCAUGUGGCCAGUGUGGCGGCGGAUGUGGUCAGAACAACUAUGUGGCACCGGCACCACAGAGUCCUUCCUACGGCGGUGAUGGUUACGGCGUCCUGCCCAACAGUGGGUACACCAAACCCGAUCCUGAGUACAAUGGACCCGGCGAUGGGGAUGCGGGCUAUGUAGCGCCGGCAGCUCCUGCCUACGAAGCUCCAGCACCACUUGCUCCAGCCUACGAAGCUCCAGCACCACCUGCUCCUGCUUACGAAGCUCCGUCACCACCAGCUCCUGUUUACGAAGCUCCGGCACCAGUUGCUCCUGCAUACGAAGCACCUGCUGCUGAUUACAGUGCUCCCGCUCCACCAGCUCCCACCUAUGAGCCACCAGCAUCCGGCUACAGCAAGCCGGCACAGCCAAGUUACGCUGGAGCACCACCGGCACAGAUCGUUUACCAGCCCAUCAUCUAUCUCUCCGCUCCACUGGCAUCGAAGUCGUCCACCCUGGUGGAGUACGAUGACCAGAAAUAUGCCACUCCAACAGCACCAUCGCCACCGCCACCACCUGCUCCCGUUUACGAGGCGCCAUCGCAGAGUUGCUACCAACCGGCGGCUCCUCCUGCUCCCAACUAUGCCACGCCCUCGUGCCAAACGCCCAUCCGCCUUUCGCUCAUUGAUCAGCCAUAUCGAGUGGCUCCGGAACUGUUCGAGGAAUACAACUACCGCCUGGCCUUGGCCUCCCAGAAUAUUUUGUAGUUCUCUAAACGACCUGAUGCUUGACCAAUCUGUAAAUAAAAGUCUUCUAAUGA